GAGCACGGGAGACGGGAGAGCCAGAAGGUGCCUCAGCCCCUUCCCCUCCCCAGCAGCGCGGGCAGACACACGGCUUCCAGCGAGGACCAUUGUGCGGGGGGAGGCUCGGUGAGGAAGAGCCUGCCCCCGCCCCACACCUGCCCAUCCCUAGCUCCCGCCUUCGCCGGGGGCACGGGGACCCGCGCGAGCCCAGCAGCCUGGCAGCGGCUUCGGGGCAGUCGUGUGUAUCCGCGAGCGCGUGUGCGUGGGGAGGGGAGAGCGAAGACGUGAUUACUUCAGAAUUUAUUUAAGGGCCGGUGGAAACCACUGCAGCAGCUUCCAGGGGAAGCCCUUGUUCCAGAGGAAGACGAGGUGGCUGCUGCCAGGGAGGAGGAGGGGGAGAGACGGAGGAGGAGCGGCGGCAGCAGCAACAGCCAGAGGCAAGUGAGGAGAGAUGCUGUAGCAUCCACAGCGGCUGCCGGCAGGGGAAUGGUCCAGGAGCGCCGGGCGUGAGCCUCCCCGCUGGUCCAGCCGGAGACUGCGGUUGUCAUUGAUCCAUUGAAGAAGCAGGACCCGAAACUACUGGCAUUAGCAAUGAUGUGUGAAGUGAUGCCCACGAUUAAUGAGGACACCCCAAUGAGCCAAAGGGGGUCCCAAAGCAGUGGCUCGGACUCAGACUCCCAUUUUGAGCAGCUGAUGGUGAAUAUGCUUGAUGAAAGGGACCGUCUUCUAGACACCCUACGGGAGACCCAAGAAAGUCUUUCACUUGCCCAGCAAAGACUGCAGGAUGUCAUCUACGACAGAGAUUCGCUCCAGAGACAGCUCAACUCAGCCCUGCCACAGGAUAUCGAAUCCCUAACAGGAGGUCUGACUGGUUCUAAGGGGGCUGAUCCACCGGAAUUUGCUGCACUGACAAAAGAAUUAAAUGCAUGUAGGGAACAACUUCUAGAAAAGGAAGAAGAAAUUUCUGAACUUAAAGCUGAAAGAAAUAACACAAGACUGUUACUGGAGCAUUUGGAGUGCCUUGUGUCACGACACGAAAGGUCACUAAGAAUGACGGUGGUAAAACGGCAAGCCCAGUCCCCCUCGGGAGUUUCCAGUGAAGUUGAGGUUCUCAAGGCACUGAAAUCUUUGUUUGAGCACCACAAGGCCUUGGAUGAAAAGGUAAGGGAGCGACUGAGGGUUUCUUUAGAAAGAGUCUCUGCACUGGAAGAAGAACUAGCUGCUGCUAAUCAGGAGAUUGUUGCCUUGCGUGAACAAAAUGUUCAUAUACAAAGGAAAAUGGCAUCAAGUGAGGGAUCCACGGAAUCAGAACAUCUUGAAGGGAUGGAACCUGGCCAGAAAGUUCAUGAAAAGCGUUUGUCCAAUGGUUCUAUAGAUUCAACUGAUGAAACUAGUCAAAUAGUCGAACUACAGGAAUUGCUUGAAAAGCAAAACUAUGAAAUGGCCCAAAUGAAAGAACGUUUAGCAGCACUUUCUUCCCGAGUGGGAGAGGUGGAACAAGAAGCAGAGACAGCAAGAAAGGAUCUCAUUAAAACGGAAGAAAUGAAUACUAAAUAUCAAAGGGACAUCAGGGAGGCCAUGGCACAGAAGGAAGAUAUGGAAGAAAGGAUCACAACCCUUGAGAAGCGUUACCUCAGUGCUCAGAGAGAAUCUACCUCCAUACAUGAUAUGAAUGAUAAACUAGAAAAUGAGUUAGCAAAUAAAGAGGCCAUCCUCCGGCAGAUGGAAGAGAAGAACAGACAGUUACAGGAACGACUUGAACUCGCGGAGCAGAAGUUGCAGCAGACUAUGAGAAAAGCUGAGACCUUACCUGAAGUAGAGGCUGAGCUGGCUCAGAGAAUUGCAGCCCUGACAAAGGCUGAAGAGAGACAUGGAAAUAUUGAAGAACGUAUGAGACAUCUGGAAGGUCAACUUGAAGAGAAAAAUCAAGAACUUCAAAGAGCUAGGCAAAGAGAGAAAAUGAAUGAGGAGCACAACAAAAGGUUAUCCGACACCGUGGACAGACUUCUGACUGAGUCCAAUGAACGCUUACAGCUACACUUAAAGGAGAGAAUGGCUGCUCUAGAGGAGAAGAAUGUUUUAAUUCAAGAAUCAGAAACUUUCAGAAAGAAUCUAGAAGAAUCUCUACAUGAUAAGGAAAGAUUAGCAGAAGAAAUUGAAAAGCUGAGAUCUGAACUUGACCAAUUGAAAAUGAGAACUGGCUCUUUAAUUGAACCCACAAUAUCAAGGACUCAUCUGGACCCCUCAGCUGAGUUGCGCUAUUCCGUUGGAUCCCUCGUGGACAGCCAGUCUGACUACAGAACCACUAAAGUAAUAAGAAGACCACGGAGAGGCCGCAUGGGCGUGAGAAGAGAUGAGCCAAAGGUGAAAUCUCUUGGAGAUCAUGAGUGGAAUAGAACUCAGCAAAUCGGAGUGCUAAGCAGCCACCCUUUUGAAAGUGACACAGAAAUAUCUGAUAUUGACGAUGAUGACAGAGAAACAAUUUUUAGCUCAAUGGAUCUUCUCUCUCCAAGUGGUCAUUCUGAUGCCCAGACUCUAGCUAUGAUGCUUCAGGAACAAUUGGAUGCUAUCAACAAAGAAAUCAGGCUAAUUCAGGAAGAAAAAGAAUCUACAGAGUUACGUGCUGAAGAAAUUGAGAAUAGAGUAGCAAGUGUGAGCCUGGAAGGCCUGAAUUUAGCGCGAGUCCACCCAGGGACCUCCAUCACUGCCUCCGUUACAGCUUCUUCACUGGCCAGCUCAUCGCCCCCCAGUGGACAUUCAACGCCAAAGCUCACACCGCGAAGUCCUGCCAGGGAAAUGGAUCGGAUGGGAGUCAUGACACUGCCAAGUGAUCUAAGGAAACACCGGAGAAAGAUUGCAGUGGUGGAAGAAGAUGGUCGGGAGGAUAAAGCAACAAUUAAAUGUGAAACUUCCCCUCCCCCGACCCCUAGGACCAUCAGGAUGACUCACACCCUCCCUUCUUCCUACCACAAUGAGGCCAGAAGUAGUUUGGCUGCCUCCCUGGAGCCAGACAGCUUUGGGCUUGGCAGUGCCAACAGCAGCCAAGACUCUCUUCACAAGGCCCCCAAGAAGAAGGGAAUCAAGUCUUCGAUAGGACGUUUGUUUGGUAAAAAAGAAAAAGCUCGGCUGGGGCAGCUCCGAGGCUUCAUGGAGACUGAAGCUGCGGCUCAGGAGUCCCUGGGGUUAGGCAAACUUGGAACUCAAGCCGAGAAGGAUAGAAGACUGAAGAAAAAGCAUGAACUUCUAGAGGAAGCUCGAAGGAAGGGAUUACCUUUUGCCCAGUGGGAUGGGCCCACAGUGGUUGCAUGGCUAGAGCUCUGGUUGGGAAUGCCUGCCUGGUAUGUGGCAGCCUGCCGAGCCAAUGUGAAGAGCGGUGCCAUCAUGUCUGCUUUGUCAGACACUGAGAUCCAGAGAGAAAUUGGAAUCAGCAACCCCCUGCAUCGCUUAAAGCUCCGACUAGCAAUCCAGGAGAUGGUUUCCCUAACGAGUCCUUCAGCUCCUCCAACAUCCCGAACUCCUUCAGGCAACGUGUGGGUGACCCAUGAAGAAAUGGAAACUCUUGCAGCUCCAGCGAAAACGAAAGAAUCUGAGGAAGGAAGCUGGGCCCAGUGUCCGGUUUUCCUACAGACCCUGGCAUAUGGAGAUAUGAACCACGAGUGGAUUGGAAAUGAAUGGCUUCCCAGCCUGGGGUUACCUCAAUACAGAAGUUACUUUAUGGAGUGCUUGGUAGAUGCAAGAAUGUUAGAUCAUCUAACAAAAAAGGAUCUCCGUGUCCAUUUAAAAAUGGUGGAUAGUUUUCAUCGAACAAGUUUACAGUAUGGGAUUAUGUGCUUAAAAAGGUUGAAUUACGACAGAAAAGAGCUGGAAAGAAGACGAGAAGCAAGCCAACAUGAAAUAAAAGAAUCAAUGUUCCACAUUUUAACUCUGUACUGGCAGAGCGAUGACAAGAAUUUCAGGCGUGGGUCAACCUGGAGAAGGCAGUUUCCUCCCCGUGAAGUACAUGGAAUCAGCAUGAUGCCUGGGUCCUCAGAAACAUUACCAGCCGGAUUCAGGUUAACCACAACAUCUGGGCAGUCAAGGAAAAUGGCGACGGAUGUUGCCUCUUCAAGACUGCAGAGGUUAGACAACUCCACUGUUCGCACAUACUCAUGUUGACAAGCCACUCAAAGGAGGCAGCACUGACUUGCUAUGUCGUCUUUUCGGUCUACCCUACCUAAAGUGCACUACCAUCCAAGAAGACGAGCAGUGAACACCUUUGUGAAAACUGAAUUCUAAGGAAAUAACCACAAGUAAUGGUUUAUUAAACUGAAAAUGUGAUUUUGGGGGGAGUCAGAUAUGUUUGAUUAGUUCACUACAGUUGUAAGAAAAUGCUUAAGUCAUUUGAAUAAUAAACAUCAUCCACAUCAUAACUUCUGUACAACAGAUGCUUUUAUGAAAUGGAGCCACCUGUUUUUUCAUGUUUUAUUGUAAUAUACUAGGCAUUUAUGUAUUACUGUGUAUGUAUUUCUUUUUAAAUGUGUAAGUCUUAUGUAAAUGGAUAUAAAUAUGAUUUUUUAAAAAAUAAAAUAUAUGGUUCAUGGAGUCUCAAGUGCAAACAUUUGACAAUACCAAGUACUGUUUGUAUUUUACCAUUCCACCAUUUUUACAGUUUUUGAAUUAUAACAGUCAAAUUGGUAUGUUUCCUGGAAGCAUGUUUCAUGCCUCCACAUGUUUCACCUUCAAAGUCUGUCAAUACUUAAAGCUGAAAACCUGCCUCUGAUCAUGUAAAAAAGAAUGAUUUAACCUGGAACUGGAGCCAAAAAUAGACCUUUCAAGGCAAUCAGGGAUGUCCUCUAUCUUUAGAAAUAGCACUGUGAUGGCUCGAUCUCCUUUUCAAUACAAGACAAAACCAAACUGUUUACAAGAGUCAAAAAGAUUAUUUAAAAAAAUUUAUAAAGAAAAAGACAUUAUCUUCUCUUGUUACCUGUGGACCAAUAAUUUUUUUUUCUUUACUGAGAACCACAUGUCCAUUCAAAUAUCUUGAACCGCCAGCAAGAACUGUUCAGUGAAUGUCAACCACUGCAAAGUCCCAGGCUCGUUUCCACUGGAAGAAAACAAAACCCCGCAGCCUUCCCCCUUUGUCAGUGUACCAGGGCAAUCGCCAGAGUCAUGUCUAAUGUUAUAAGCUUUUAGCCGAGAUGGCCUUGUUUCGACUUCCCUGAAGUCAGUCUUAGCAGAGGAAAGAAAUGAAAGACAGAAUGAUUAACAUAUAUAGUGUAUAAAGUAUAGAAGAGUAAUCUCUUCCCUGUGGCUUUAUUUGGUGGUGUUACUGUUGUUUAUUCUUUGUUUAUAUGGGAGAUUUCAGAGUAAAACCUAUUUAAGAAUACAUUUAUCUAUCUGCUGAUUUUCUGCUGUUUGAUCUUAUUAAGUGCAAGACCUGUCAUUAGUAAUUUCAUUUUUGUAUUUAAUUUGCUAUGUUUGCACGUACAUUACAUUUGUUUUGAUGUCUAUUUUUGUUUAAACAGAUUCAGUCAUAAAGUAAUGGUAACAAAAGCCCUCUCCAUUGUCAAUAAAAACGAAUACUUCCAAUUC